AUGAGUGAGACCAAGAUGGCUGACUGGAGUGCCACAAAUCAGCUGGUCAUGUCAUGGCUUCUAAAUGAAAUUUUUCCUAAAAUUUCUACCAGUCUUAUAUUUAAGACAUCGGCUAAACAGAUGGACGAGAAGAAGGAUAAGAAUUGCUUUACCCGGUUGGACUAUUCCGGAAUCUUCUUCUUCGAAUUAGCCUCAAAGGCAGGGUCUUCUGAGCUCGUCUAUUGUGUUUUUUACAUGGAUAAGCCUCUUCUCUUAUGGGCUGGCCGUCCUUCUGUUUCGAUGAAUGGAUUGACCAUGAGCUUACAGUGCCUUGUAGAAAGCAUAGCCUCAUUGUUCACUCACCGAAGAUUAUUCUCUUCACAUAGAUCUCGGGAUACGAGACCUUCCUUCAACUACGAACAAGAAAGGAUCAUAUAUUUUAGGUAA